CUAAGUGUGGUGAAGACUGAAGACUGGCUUAGAAAGACAUCAAUUUAAAUAAAUUAAAAUAGUGACACAAACAUCUCGUGAUGGUGCGCUUGGACGACAGUGUAAGAUAACCGCCACGCGGUUACGAAGUAUGGGUGCUAACAUGGGCAAGAACUCGAGCCUGCUCGACGCCCUGCCUACUGCGCAGGGCACGCUGCACGUGGUCAUGCUAGGGUUGGACUCUGCAGGCAAGACCACUGCACUCUAUCGGCUCAAAUUCGACCAGUACCUCAACACCGUCCCCACCAUUGGGUUCAACUGCGAAAAAGUCAAAGGCACUCUCGGCAAGUCUAAGGGUGUCAACUUCCUUGUAUGGGAUGUCGGUGGUCAAGAAAAAUUACGGCCCCUAUGGAAAUCCUACACCAGGUGCACUGAUGGCAUCAUAUUUGUUUUAGACUCCGUUGAUUUAGAACGAAUGGAAGAAGCUAAGAUGGAGUUAAUACGCACAGCCAAGUCUCCAGACAAUACUGGUGUGCCGAUCCUUGUUUUAGCGAAUAAGCAAGACCUACCCGGGGCAAAGGAGCCUCGCGAGCUGGAGAAACUUUUAGGUUUACAUGAGCUAGUGUCAUCGCCGCACGGGUCGCGCGACGCGCACGCCUGGCACGUUCAGCCAGCUUGUGCCAUCACCGGCGAGGGCCUGCACGAGGGGCUCGAAGCGCUCUAUGAGAUGAUACUCAAGAGAAGAAAGCUCGCCAAGCUGCAAAAAAAACGAGUCAGAUAAACUAUUUACUGUUGCGUUCAAGUGUUUGUGACAAGUCGGCCGUGCGCUAAUAACG